GGUGGACUUUGGCUUUGCCAAGAAGAUGCACGGGGGUCAGAAGACCUGGACCUUCUGCGGGACCCCCGAGUACGUGGCCCCGGAGAUUAUCCUCAACAAGGGACACAAUCUCAGUGUGGAUUUUUGGUGCCUGGGCAUCCUGGUGUUUGAGCUUCUGACUGGCAGCCCCCCCUUCACAGGAAGCGACCAGAUGGCCACGUACACCAACAUCUUGAAGGGCGUCGACAAGAUGGACUUCUCCAAGAAGAUCGCCAAGCGGCCCGAGGACCU